UGGCAAUAGUUAGAUAGCUGUUAUUGGCCGGCUGGAAGACGAGGGGCGGGGCGAAGGACUGGACGUGGCGGCGGUGGGGGAGGCGGUGCUGGAAGGUGGGUGGAGGUGGAGGAGGGUACGGGCCAGGUAGAGGCAGUGGGGGAAAAGUAGUGGUACCAGUGGUGUCCAAGGCAGAAAAACGACCACUCCUACCUUCCCCCAACGCCACGCAACCCCCUCCCCACACACACACACACACACACACACAGCGGCAGCCUCCCUCACCCUCACUCCUCAGGUCCAGUCAGUGUUACAUCUGAGGGCGGGGUGAAUAGACGGGCAGGCAGGCGGUGCGGUUGGUGACUGGGCGGAGUGCACGCACGGAACUAAAAGAGCACUUGAGUCACCCGAAGAAUCUUCUUGCGGAUGCUUCAGUGUCUUGCCGCGGGGUUCCUAAGAGCGAGAGGUUAGACCUCAGCGGUUUCUCAAUUCACUCUCACUCUCUCCGACUUUACCUAGCAUAAAAAAGAACACGAAUUUAUUGUUACUUUAGCCGUUCUUUAACAUACGGAUAUCGCAUUUCCUCUGGACUUAUGUCUCUGAUGAACCAAAUGUGUCUUGAACUCCUUUAGAAAUAAUGAAGAAACUGAACUAAGGAGAGAGAAAGAAACGAAAACAUUGAACUCUUCUUGAACUCUUAACAUACACAGACACACGCACAUCCGCUGCUAUAAAGAAACUCAUUUAUCGAACUUUCCACUGGGUGACUUUUGGGGUGACAUGAAGCAGUGAAGUGUUGCAGACGUUAAUGCAACACCUGAGAACACCUGUCCGUCACGCAGGUAGUGAUUGACGAAGGUGUGAGGUGUGCCAUCCAUGUGUGUUAACGUUUCUGUGUAAGUGUGUGUGUGUCUGUGUGUGAGGGAGUGGGAGGACUCGAACCAAGGAGGGAGAAACACCGAUCUGUGAGGUGUUCCUAAUCACACCCGAAGAAAAAAAAAGGGGAAAUAAAAAGGAAAGGAAGAGGAAGGAGGAAGGAAGGCUUAGAUGAAUAGCUAUGAUGAAGAAAAAACCUAAGGAGAUGCAUUUUUUGCCACACGACUAGAAGGGAAGGAAGGAAGAGAAAUCGAUACACGAACUUACGAAUGAUGGUUAGUGGAGCGAAAUGCCCUAACCACUACUACCACAACUACUACCACUAAUGCCCCAUCCACAGCCAUGCCUGAAUCCAACUGCCACCUUUGCCACAUUCACGACCACACUCCCUCCAACACACUUCUCAGAACCCAUCCCUUAAGGGUCUCCAGAACCAACCACACCACCACCGCACUACCAUCCACCUCCACCACACUCCCUCACCACCACCACCAUGGGAGAUCAGCACGAGGGAGUGGGAGUAACUUAGCCAACCUUAGCGACAGAACGAACUCCCUCCCUGGCAGCCGCAGCAACACCCUCUCGCACACUCCACAAGUCUCCAUAGCCCCUGAUGGUGAUAGGGUUGGCACACACAGACGGCAUCACCAUUCCCGUCAUCACCACCGUCACCAUCACCACAGCCGCCACUCCGAUGACUCCAGGCACGGGUCUACUAACUCCAGAGAUGACUUGAGUGGGGUCUUGGCUGCCCUGAUGGAGACCAGUCGCUCCCCCAGUGCAGCCAGUAACCGUGCUAGUAGUGGGCACCGAGAACCUGACCUCCUCACCGCCCUUCCACCGGUCGCCCACACCAGCAAGGGCAGCACAUUAACAAGGGAAACAAGGGAGGGAGAGCGGCGCCCCAGCAACAGCACGCUGGCGCAGGACACGGAGCAGGACUACUACCUCCAUGUGCACCGCCAGGCCUUCAAGGAGGAGGCGCGGCGACAACGCUUCAACCUGCAGACCGUCAUGCUCAUAGGCUGCUACACGCUGCUGUUCGUGGUGGCCAUCAUCGUGGGUGUGGUGCUGUGUCAGCAGAACGGCUGGCUGGGCCUGGGUACACCUGACCCCCCGCCACCCCUCAGCGAUAACCCUGACUUCCGGCCGUCCCAGGCACGGGAGCUAGACAGAACCGGGCGUGGCCGCGGCUCCAGGAACAGGGGCGCGCGUCUCCCCGGCCCCACUAUAGACUACGACUAUCCCGACGACGGGCCGCCCCCCAGGAUCAGCGCCGGGCCAAUCCUCCCCUCCGGUGAGAACGACCCCCUUCGCUCCCUCAACUUUGGCCCCGACGACCUGGCAGCAGCCGAAGCAGGGCAUGGGGUGGGGGGCCGAGCCCCUCCCCUGCCUGUCUCCCCAUCUGGUGCGCAGUCUGACUCUUCGAGAAACUGGGAGGGGGCGGAGAAUCGUGCCGGGGUGGGCGGUGGCGGCAAGAGCCUCAGGCCACACCCAGGCCGCCGCCCAGCACCAGGGAAUUUGCCAGACGCUUUCGUGCCCCAGGGCAGCCCCGGCGGCCAGGGUCGCCCCGCGGGGGUGGCUGGGGCAGGGAUUCUGGACACCCUGAUGUCUGUGGAGGAGCAUGGCGUGGCAGGGGGCAGCCACGGACAGGGAGGCGUCUUCAUGCCGGGCGGUGACGGGCGCAACACUGCAGGCAGCAACAGAGCAUUUAAUGGCGCUGGCAACACUGCUAGCAACAACAGAGCAUUUGACGGCGCUGGCAGCACUGUAGGCAACAACAGAGCAUUUAACGGCGCUGGCAACACUGCAGACAACAACAGAGCAUUUAACGGCGCUGGCAACACUGCAGGCAACAACAGAGCAUUUGACGGCGCUGGCAACACUGCAGGCAACAACAGAGCAUUUAACGGCGCUGGCAAUACUGCAGGUAACAACAGGGCAUUUAACGGCGCUGGCAACACUGCAGGCAACAACAUAGCAUUUAACGGCGCUGGCAACACUGCAGGCAACAACAGAGCAUUUAACGGCGCUGGCAACACUGCAGGCAACAACAGAGCAUUUAACGGCGCUGGCAACACUGCAGGCAACAACAGAGCAUUUAACGGCGCUGGCAACACUGCUGGCAACACCAGAGCAUUUAAUAUUGCUGGCAACAACGGAGUAUUUAACACCGCUGGCAACACUGCUGGCAACAACGGAGCAUUUAGCGGAGCUAGAAGCACUGCUGCCAGCAAUAAUGUAGCAUUUAACGCUGCUGGCAACACUGGUACUGGCAGCAGCAGCUCAUUCAGCACCGCAGGUGUCACUGGUGCUGGCAGCAACGGAAGAUUCAACGGCGCUGCCAACACUCCUGAGAACAACGCAGCACAGAACGCAGCCAGCAUCGUAGGAGGGGGCGGCGACAGAGCAUUUAACAGUGUUGGUAACGCAGGCACGGGCAGAAACGGGGCAUUUAGAGUUGCUGCUAAUAAUGAUGAUGGUGCCAACAGGGUAUUCAGUGGUGUUGGUAACUCUGGUAGCGGUGCCAAUGGAGCAUUUAAUGGUGCUGGCAACACUGGAGGUGGAUCAUUGAAUGGUGCUGGCAACACUGGAGGUGGAUCAUUGAAUGGUGCUGGCAACACUGGAGGUGGAUCAUUGAAUGGUGCUGGCAACACUGGAGGUGGAUCAUUGAAUGGUGCUGGCAACACUGGAGGUGGAUCAUUGAAUGGUGCUGGCAACACUGGAGGUGGAUCAUUGAAUGGUGCUGGCAACACUGGAGGUGGAUCACUUAAUGGUGCUGGCAACACUGGAGGUAGAUCACUGAAUGGUGCUGGCAACACUGGAGGUAGAUCACUGAAUGGUGCUGGCAACACUGGAGGUAGAUCACUUAAUGGUGCUGGCAACACUGGAGGUAGAUCACUGAAUGGUGCUGGCAACACUGGAGGUAGAUCACUUAAUGGUGCUGGCAACACUGGAGGUAGAUCACUGAUUGGUGCUGGCAACACUGGAGGUAGAUCACUUAAUGGUGCUGGCAACACUGGAGGUGGAUCACUUAAUGGUGCUGGCAACACUGGUGUCCGCGGCAACACUGGCGGCGUGAUUAAUAUCGGCACAGUUGCUGAAAGCACUAGUCCUGCCGGCACUGGUGCUGGCAGUACUGGGUUGGAAGCCACUGGUGUUGGCACUGCCGGUGUGGGAGCCACAGGUCUUGGUAACGUUGAUGUGGGAGCUACUGGAAGUAGAGCUAGAGGUGUUGGUAGCACUGGUGUAAGAGGAACUGGAGCUGGAGUCACUGGUGCUGAUAACAUUGGUGUAGGAGCUACUGGUAGUAGAGCUAGUGGUGCUGGUAUUACUGGUGUGAGAGGCACAGGUGUUGGAAAUACAGGCGUUGGUAACACUGGCAUAGGUGCUACCGGUAACGGGGGUGUCUCACGCAGUGGUGUUGCUACCGAUCGUAACGGUGACGGAACCCUUACUGGGGUUACUGGCAACACUGGGAUGGGCAGCACCGGUACACUUGGUGGUGGUGUCAACGGAAACAGAGCAGUCAACACUGGUGGUAAUGCUGCGACCACUCCUCUUGGUGGUAUUGUUAACAAUGGCAAUGCAAGAUUCAACAAUGGUGUUGUCAACGCUGGUGCUGGCAGUGGUGGUUCCCGCAGUAACGGGAGGCGCCCUGCCGGCACCUUGCUACCUGUCACUACCUCCACAGUCAACACCGGUAGUAGCAACGCCUUUGCAAGUGGUGGUGUUCCCCUCCCCGGCCUAGGACCUCAUGGAAAUAGUGUGCCUAAUACCGGUAUUGGUAACGGUGGUAGUACUGGCAAUACUAGGAACAGACCAAACGCUGGUGUUGGUAGUACUGGUUUGGGUAUUGGCACAGGCAGUGCUGGUGUUAGUCAUGAUAGUGCUGGUACAGGUGUUGACAAUACUGGUUUUGGCACUGGUGUUCGCAACGCCGGGGCAGGUAUUGGUUUAGGUGGUGCUGGUGCUGGAACUGAUGUUGCUAAUUCUGGUUUUGGUGCUGCUGUUGGCAGUGCUGGUAAUACCGGUGUUGGCGGUGUUGGAGCUGAUAUGGGCACUGGUGUUGGCAAAGUUAGUGCUGGUGUUGGUAAUGCUGGGAACAGAUUUGCUGUCAGAGUUAAUAAUGAUGACACUAGGACUGGUGUUAGCAAUACUGGUGGCAGUGCUGUUCUAGGCAAUGCUGGUGCCAGUAAUUGGGUCACUAAUAAUGGUGCUGGAAAUACUGCCGGCGCUGAUACUAGUGAUGCUAGUGUUGGCACUAAAGUUGUGAACGCUGGUGUUGGCGGUAGAGCUAGUAAUGUUCGUACAGGUAUAAGUGUUGGCAGUACUGGAGCUGGUGAGGAUACAGGAAGACAGGAUAACGCCGCGAGUAUUAUCGGCGCUGGCAGACCUGGCCUCGGGCUUAGUGGCGGGGCCGCGGUGGAUGUUAGCGGUGACAGGGUCACUGAUGGCGGCGGCGGAGUACGGCGGCCAGGGGGGCGGCAAAGCACUCGAGGGCGAGGAGUCUUACGGGACUUGGGUAAUGGAAACAGAAACAUAGGGCGGGGGAGUGCAGAACCCUCUAACUCCGCCCCCACCCCAGGAUCUGAAGGAAGGGGCGGCCCCAGCGCCCCUGCCCAGCCCGCUCCGAGCAAUACCCUAGGAGGCGGCGAAGCAGAGGCCAAGGCGGGACAGGGGCAGGGCAGCGUGGCGUCGCGGCGUACCGUGGCGGGACCGGGAUUCACUGUGCAGCGGGGACAGGUGGUUGCCAUGGCCACCAUCACGCCGGACAGCCCCGACCCGACGCUGUUGCGCCCCGACCAUGACGUCAUCGUUCACAUCUCCCCAAGCACGCAGGGUCCCGCCGUGACGCUGCUGGCCAACCCCGACAAGACAGGCGACACAACCAUUGAAGCUACGGGAGGGGGAAGUGCUGGGACGGCGAGCACGGGUGCGGUGGGAGAGGGAAACAGGGCCGCUUCUUUGGGAGGGAGGGUUUCGGUGAGGAUAGAAGGGCCGAGCCGAAGGAAGUUGACCCGGGAGCGUGUAAGCAUGGUGCCGGGAUCUGGGCGAGGCAACUCGGCGCGGGCGGGCGUGGUGUUGCGGCGGUGGGAGCACAUGGAUGAUGCGGGCACGCUGAGCCGCGGCCUCGUGCGGCAGGACGGCUCUUUCUCCUUCACCAACUGUCGACCCUCGGAGAUAUGCCGGGCCACGCAGGGCUGACGAGGCGGGGUCGGGCAGAGGUGACAGGCACACCUACGCAGGUAUUUAUUGGUGUGUGACGUCUCCCACCCAGCCAUCAUCAUCCCUCCCUAUACCUUUCCCUCAUUUUUUCCUCAACUUCACACGCCAUCAUCCUAAACAUGACCAAAACAAGUGCAUUUACACUAUUAUAGUGUGUGUGUGUGUGUGUGUGUGUGUGUGUGUGUGUGUGUGUGUGUGUGCUAAAUUUACAGCUAAUUAAAAUGGCAAAAACACUCAUAAAUGCAUCCUGUAUAUAAUCAACCGAUAUUAUUACAUGUAUGUUCAUAAAUAUGUUGUCACGUUGGGAGCUAUACAGAUAUACACAUACAUGUGUGUGCACAUAUAUAUGUCGGUAUGAAAGUAUAUCAGUACUAUGUGUUUGUAUGUAUGCGUGUGAGCUUUCCGCGCUCCUCCGUGAUAUGUAUCGUGUUUAAGUUACUAUUUAGUCCAUAUACGCUAGUCCUCUGUUUAUCAAUGUAGGUUAUGAAGUGACGGAAACAAAGAAAACUGUGAUGUGAUGUGACCUGUAAGCUGCGGCGUCGUGCUGCACCGGCCCGUGGAACACAACACUUGUGGGAACAGGUUUAUACAUGGAGACAACGACCAUGGCGUCCUCCUUCCACUUUCCUUUCUAACUAAGUAUAUAAGCCUCAAAGCAAAGGAAGAAAGACCAAAAGAGAAAAUUAAAGGAAAGGAAAAGUGAAGGUAAAAUAUAAAACAGACAGGAAAGAAGGAAGGAAAACUAGAAGACGAUGGAAACGAUAAAAGCAAAAAUAAGAUGAAGAAAAUGCAAUAAGAAGUAAAAAGAAGAAAAGUGAGUGGGAAGGAAGAUUUACUGAAAAGAAAAAAAGAACAGUGAACAACUACCGACUCCUUCCCUUAGAAACAGGCAAGGGGAGAGUUUUUUUUUCUCUUUUCACUCCCUCAUGUCAUCCAUUUAUCCAGUCUGUCGAUACUGGCAUGAGUGAGUGUUUGUUUGUUUGUUUGUUUACGUGUGUGUGUGUGUGUGUGUGUGUGUGUGUGUGUGUGUGUGUGUGUGUGUGUAUUAUCCUGCCUUAUGCUGUUCCCUAUAAAGACAAGUGUUUGAGCAUUUGUAAAAUCAUGAAUAAAAUGAAAACCUGA